GGCGUAACCCGGAAAACGUGCUAUUUCAUCAGAUUCACACACGCUUCCUCCCGGGCUAUGAAAUGACAUGUUUUACCAUACAGCUCAGAGUUUAUAGAGCUGUCUUUAGGUUUUUCACUUUUCGAGGCAUUCAAAGUUUAGCUGCAAGUCAUCAACACGAAAUAGACAUGUGUAAAGAACUCAAGACCAAAGUGUUGCGUUUGUUACCGCAGACUUCCAACGGGCCGAGCGCUCAGCAGUACGAGAGCCACUCAGAUGGUGCUGAUGUCCUGGGACAGACCGUGAAGGCUCUGCAGGAGGGCCAUGUGGUCGCCCUGCCCACUGACACUAUCUAUGGCCUGGCCUGUCUUGCUCAAAAUUCAGAGGCAGUCUGCAAAAUCUAUGACAUUAAAGGACGAAAUGCACAGAAACCUCUAGCAAUUUGUGUGGGUGAAGUCCAGGAUAUUCAAAAAUACUGUAAAGUAAAAGUUAAAGAAGAGUUGUUGGAUGACCUGCUGCCUGGGCCAGUCACCUUGGUGUUUGAAAGAACUGACUUUCUCAACAGAGACCUUAACCCAUUCACUUCACUCGUAGGCGUCCGUAUCCCAGACCACCCCUUCAUGAGGCGGCUGUGUCAGAUGUGUGGGGAGCCUCUCGCACUCACCAGCGCCAACAUCAGUUCACAAACUAGUACUGUAGCUGCACACGAGUUCAAGGAGCUCUGGCCAAAGCUUGCAGUUGUGGUGGACGGAGGCCCAAUAGGUGACGAGAGCCGCCUUGGUUCAACUGUAGUAGACCUGUCUGUUCUUGGGAAAUACAGAAUAAUCAGACAAGGCUGUGCACUUCCCUCGACACUUGAUGUGCUGCAACACAAAUACGGACUGUCAGAAGAUGCGGCGGGAGAAUGACCUUUGACCUUGUACCUCACGCUGAGACGCACAACAAGCUCCAUUCUUGAGCGUCAUCUCUCACUUGACAAUAGUAGUAGGUUCGCCAUGAACUUUACCAGUCCUGUCUUAAAUCACAGCUGGACUCUUCAUGCCUAUUCUGUUGUAUUAUAUUUUAUUAUGGGGAAACAUUUUGUCUGUCUUUUGACUUCGGGUGUCUUCUGUUACUGUACUUGUUUUAUUAAAAAAAAAACUCAAUUUUACCUCAAGUAUUUUAUUAUUUAAAUGUUUUAUCUAUUAUAAAUGGAAAUGUACUCUGAUGAUUAAAUGAAUCUCUUCUG